AUUAGGCCUGGAGCGGUCUGUUGGAUGGGAUUACGCAGCGCGUCGUAGCGCGGCUCCCUGCUCUGCGCGCUGUGCCAUGGGAUUCUCCACACGGAAUGUCUCCAUCUGUCUGAGCUGAUCGACACGGAUCGAGACCGAUAACACGAGGAUCUACCGUCUGCAUGGAAACAUGGCCGACGUCCCACAGAUCGUCAAAAUUGGGAUUUCAUUGAAGAUGCUCCCCAACAACACCGCGGUGUUCUUCAAAUCUGACGGGGCCCGCUUCGGACAGACCCGGACCAUCAAGCUGCUGACCGGCUCCAAGUACAAAAUCGAGGUGGUCGUUAAACCCGGAGCCGUCGAGGCCACGUCGAUGAGCCUGGGGGGGGUGACCUUCCCCCUGGAGCAGCAGUCUAAAGACCCCCAGUCGGUGGUCUACAGCGGCCGGUACGACACCGAGGGGGUGACGCACACCAAGAGUGGAGAGAGGCAGCCGGUGCAGAUCAACAUUCAGUUCACGGAGGCGGGGGUGUUUGAGACCGUGUGGCAGGUGAAGUACUACAACUACAACAAGAGGGACCACUGCCAGUGGGGGAACAGCUUCAACAGCAUCGAGUACGAAUGCAAACCCAACGACACGCGCACGCUCAUGUGGGUGAACAAGGAGAUGUUCAUCUGACUGACACGUUCAGUGUGAGCUCUGCAAAAAUAACUAAAUCAAGGUGGUUGUGUCUGAUUGUGAAAACUUCUGUUGCUCAAAGGGAUUUUUGCAUUUAUCCUUUUUCUUAUUUAAACUUUACCGUCACUUUGGAAAAAUAUGCAUCUUUUUCUUCCAGCCCAUAAUAUUCACUGCUGAAUCAGCCCCGGUGGCAGAUCAUGUGACACAAGGUCAUAUUUUCAGUCUUUCAACAGCUGUUGAUGGUGAUUACACAAUUGAGUCGAGAUAAUUGACAUUGAGGUUAAAAUGAAACAUGUAGCACUUCUCAGAAACUUUCUUUAAAGUAAUUUUAUAUAUUGAAAGACUAAUUAAUUAAAUUAUAUUUUGAAAUAAAUGUUUUUCAUGUACAGUUCAGUUGUGGUAUCAGGUGGCCGUCCAGUGUACGUGUAACACUUAAUGUACGGUGUUGUAUGUGUGUGAGUGCCUGUGUGUUGUUGACAGUGUGUGUGUGUGUGUGUUUUACAACCGGUGCUUGUACAGACGUGUUUAUUUGUAUUUUUGUACUUUGAAAAUAUUGUACGUGUGAGAGAGAGCUUAUUUCCAAAAUGACUAUGUGACAUUUCCAGAAAUUCAUGCCAGGUCCGUUCUUAUAUAACUUCUGCUGGUUUUAAGUUUUAAAAUAAUACAUGUUAACAUUUACCAUCAUCCAAGUCUAGUGUCCUUGAAUUAGUGGCAUUUUCACCAACUGGCCCCAAACUAGAAACUCUUUCCAUGUGUCCUCGAAUGGAAAACUCCAUCUGCAGCUCCUGAUGUUAACAAUGUGUGUGUGUGUGGGGGGGUGGGGGGGGGUUUCAGAGGAAGCAACAAAACAUGAACAUCGACAUUUCAAACAAAUAGUUCAAAUGAAUUAAGCAACUUUAACAAGAGACAAUAACUUGUACAAGGAUUGAAGCUCACUAGCUGGCCACUAUGGAAGCGUCAUAUUAAAAUAUAAAACGUUUCACUUUAUAACAUAACUUUCAUUAAAUCAACAAUUGUGUUGUUUUGUGUAGUUGCUGCCAACUUUAAAACCAUUUAAAGUCCCUUUGUAGAUGUUGAGGUGGACCAGGCUGCCACCCAGUCAUUAUUAAAGAGUCUAAAAGAGUGACAAGAUAACACAGUCACACAAUUCAUAACAAAAAAAUAUAACUUUGCUCAAUUGUGCCUUGGACUAACCCAAAUUCUCAAUUUUCAAAUUCUCAUGGUCUUUUGGAACGACUCUCUGUGUGGCUGUGUGUGUGUGUGUGUGUGUGUGUGUGUGUGUGUUAUUUUGUGUGCAGUGUAAUGCAGUAUUGGAAGUUAGAUUUGUGUACUCGGGUGAAGUUGUGCUCCUACGUACAGGAUGUUGGUUUUCUCUACCUCUCCCAAAGGACUUAGCCAAUGAAUACUUGUGUUUGUUAAAAUGAAAUAUUGACAUAUCUGCAAGAACAAUCGAUUUCUCGUGGUAACUAUUCAUAUUUUAAAAUGAAAAUAGUGUUUUUGUGCAGUGAACCAUUUGAAAUGUUUUCAUAGAUAAUAAUCUUGUGUGUAUUUUGUUAUAAAUGACAUAUUUUUGUGAAGUGUUGAAUUUGACCUAUGCAACAAACCAGAGCAAAAAAAAAAAGAUGAAAUUGUGCAAUAUAGUUGUUUAUAAAAUGUACAUUCUGACCUUUUGUGAAAGUGUGUUUUGUUUGUAAAUAAUAAUAAAAUGGAAAAUCUU